AACAUCUCCGUACAAACUUUCAUCCUCGUCAAGGAGCCGAAACACACUUUAAUUAUUAUAUCCUUAUUUUUACAAGCCUUCAAAAUGACUGUUUAGGUGAAAUGUUAGAGAGAGCCGGCCAGACUGCACUCACAACGUUUAUUUAAAAGGUUUGAUCUCUGACACGUAGAGCGGAUCUUUAAGGAGAAUCCACAUACAGUAACUGUGUCUCCAUCGGGUCCUCGAAGAGUUGAGGGUGUGUCGCUUCCCUUUGGAGCACAACUACCACACAUGAGUUGCAUUUCAAUUGUUUUCAUUUUGCCCAGAAAGGACUGAAGGUCACAGAAUGAUCGUUUCAUUUCUACUCAUGCAACACAAGAAAGAUAAUAAAAGGGAGUGUUCUCUCUUCUCACAGUCCCAAGAAGCUUUUUUAAAUUUACAAUGUUUUACAAUUUACAAUACAAUUGACAAAACAAACAAACCCGUUAAGGUGAACGAUAUAAUGAGAGAGAAUCAAAUAAAUGAUACACAGGAGGAACCAUCACAGUCAACACAUGACCAAAAUUACCUGCUUUUAAUUACCAAAAGGCAUUGAAAAACACUGAUUUUGUUGUAUUUAAUAAUAAGGUAGUAUCGAACAACGAGAUUAGAUUCCAACAAUAGAAAGCACCGGCAUUGCGCCAUUGUCUCCAUUCUGUACAGAGGUAUUCCCCAGGUUUAAAGGGGGGGGGUUGACCUUCUCAUCCACGCUGCAGUGCUGCUGAAUCUUCCGUUUUGUUACUUUGACAUUCUGGCAUUUGGAUUUGUCCCCUGUUGAGGAAUCAAGCGUGAAAGGAAGGAGCAGAAGUCUUGCAACAGACCGUCGGGCGGCUGCUCACCUGUGAGCCGCUCAGGUGUACAAACCUCAGGCCUCCGUCAGGAAGUGUUUCAUUCCUUCAUGCCGCUGAUGUUCCUCACCGUGUACCUCAGCAACAACGAGCAGCACUUCAGCGAGGUCCCCAUCACGCCGGAGACGCUGUGCAGAGACGUGGUGGAGCUCUGCAAGGAGCCCGGCGAGGCCGACUGCUACCUGGCCGAGGCGUGGAGAGGCGCAGAACACGUCGUGGGCGAAGGGGAGCGGAUGGUGGAGGUGUUGCAGCGCUGGGGGCAGCAGGGGGGGGAGGUUCGCUACCUCCUGCGUCACCAGAGAGCUCCGGCAAGAGAGUCGGGUGGAUCCAGAGCUGCAGAUCAGAUGAUAAGGAGGAACCAGGCGAAAGCUUCUGUGGAGAGAUGUCUGGAGAACGGGGUCUCCGAUCCUCGUCUGGACGUGACGCUGAGCGACCUGCAGGACCUGGCGACCCGACAGCAGCAGCAGAUCAAUGCGCAGCAGCAGCUGCUGGCCUCCAAGGAGCAGCGUCUGCGCUACCUGAAGCUGCAGGAUCAGCGGCAGCCGCAGCAGCAGCAGGAGCCGUCGGAGGAGGAGCGGCUGCAGCAGCUCAGAGAGAACGCAAACAACCAGGAGGCCAAGCUGAGACGGGUGCGGGCCCUCCGGGGCCAGGUGGAGCAGAAGCGCCUCAGCAACAGCAAGCUAGUGGAGGAGAUCGAGCAGAUGACCGGUCUGUUCCAGCAGAAGCAGCGGGAGCUGCUGGUCGCCGUGUCGAGGGUGGAGGAGCUGAGCGACCAGCUGGAGGAGCUGAGGAGCAACAGACUGGAGGCCCCUACUCCUCCUCCUCCUAUCCAUCUUCACCACAACACCUCCUCCGCGGCCGAGCUUGAGCGCCUCUACAAGGAGCUGCAGUUGAGAAACAAGCUGAACCAGGAUCAGAGCAGCCGGCUGCAGCAGCAGAGAGACGGCCUGAGCAAGAGGAACCUGGAGGUGGCCUCCAUGGACCGACGGCUCGCCGAGCUCCGCCAGCGGCUCUGGAAGAAGAAGGCGGCGCUGCAGCAGAAAGAGAACCUGCCGGUGGCCCCAGACGGAGUGGCCCCCCAGCACGGCGCAGGCUCCCGAGUGGCGGCGGUGGGGCCCUACAUCCAGUCGUCCUCCACCACGAGCUCCCAGGGGCCUCCGGUGCCGGCGCGCCACGAGGUUCUGGUGAAGCCGGCGUACCCGGACGGCACCGCCACGCUGCCGAUGCCCGACUCGUCGGCGAAGCCGCCUCCCAGACCGGUGAAACCCGCCUCAGGUUUUUCCUCAUCAAAAAUAAGCAAACUCUCUGAUUGGAGCGGCUCGUCUCCGGAGUCCGGCGGCGGUUACAGCCACGCCUCCACCCUGCCUCGCAUGUCCGGCCUCGGCAGCCACCGCUCAGACGGCAAGACCCUCACAGAUAAGAAGGCCCUGUCUGGGUCCGACAUCCCGCCCCCUGUCCCUUCACGGACCAAUCACAUCACUGAGAACCUGCCCAGAGACAAUCAGGCUUCCGGUAAAGGUCUUCCCAAGAUGGCGGCGCCCCCUCCGGUCCCCAGUAAGCCCAAACCGUUCUCCUCCACUGGCCCGCCGACCGUCUCCAAGCCGCCCUACAGCACCGGGACCUUCCCCGGUAAGGUGCGGCCGGUCGGGGGCCUCCUCAAGGCCCCGGGGGUCCUGCCCAGCUACUGCCACACCCUCCCUCUGCCCAGCAAGCAGGAGAGUCCGCCGGCCGCCGCCGUGCGCCCGUACACCCCCGAGCUCUCGGAGGCCCCCCCCCCCGUGCUGCAGAAGCCUCAGAGGGUGGCGGCUUCGUCCAUCUACUCCAUGUACACCCAGCAAGGGAAGGGCUACGUGGGCCAGAGAACGCUGCCCCGCAGCCAGCCCAGAGUAUACGGGAAACCAGUGCUCCCAGCUAGCGGGGGCCAGCAGGCCGCCGCCACGGACGCCGCCAGCUCCGGGUCUUGCGCUACAGACGGCAGCGAGGCUGACACCGGUUGCCGGGGCAACGGCGAAAGCGUCGGGGCGGAGGCGGCGGAGCGAGGCAACCCGCGCCCCUUGAGCCCCACCAAGCUCCUCCCCUUCCUGUCCAACCCCCACAGGAACCCCAGCGACGCCGACCUGGAGGCCCUUCGCCGCCGGCUGCACCACGCGCCGCGGCCCCUGAAGAAACGCAGCUCCAUCACGGAGCCCGAGGGCCCGGCGGGUCCCAACAUCCAGAAGCUGCUCUACCAGAAAACCACGCUGGCUGCCAUGGAAACCAUCCCCAUGGAAACCGUCCCCGCGGAGACGCCCAGCCCGGCGAGGACGACGCACGUCCAGCCUCACGAGGACGGGAGCGGCGGUGCGGAUGCGAUGUUCCGCCAGCCGAUAGCCAAGACCCCGCCCCCUCUGCCCCCCCGCGCUCCCAUCCCUGACCCCGCCCCAUGCCGCUCCCUGGCCCCCCCUCUGGAGGACAAGGAAGAGGAGGAGGUUUGUCCGCCCGCCUCGGCCCGCCUGGACUACUUCGCCGACGAGUUCCCGCCCUACCCGCCCCCACCUUACCCCACCUGUGAGGAGGCGGAGCAGAGCGAGGACUCGCACAACCUGCAGCCGCCGGAGGUCACGGGCCAGGUGACGGUGCCCCCGGGUAAGAGGUCGAUCCUCCGGAAAGCCGACUCGGAGCGGAUCGACCGCAGCAUCCGGGUCAAGUUCAACCCUCUGGCCCUGCUGCUGGACUCGUCUCUGGAGGGCGAGUACGACCUCGUCCAGAGGGUCAUCUACGACGUGGACGACCCGAGCUCGCCGAACGACGAGGGCAUCACGGCGCUGCACAACGCCGUCUGCGCCGGCCACGCCGAGAUCGUCAAGUUUCUGGUGCAGUUCGGGGUCAACGCCAACGCCGCCGACAGCGACGGCUGGACGCCGCUCCACUGCGCCGCCUCCUGCAACAACGUCCAGGUCUGCAAGUUCCUGGUGGAGUCGGGGGCGGCGGUGUUCGCCACCACGUACAGCGACAUGCAGACGGCCGCCGACAAGUGCGAGGAGAUGGAGGACGGCUACGCCCAGUGCUCCCAGUUCCUCUACGGCGUUCAGGAGAAGAUGGGCGUGAUGAACCGCGGCGUGGUCUACGCGCUGUGGGACUACGAGCCGCAGAGGGACGACGAGCUCGGCUUCAGCGAGGGCGACUGCAUGACGGUGCUGCGGCGCGACGACGAGGCGGAGACGGAGUGGUGGUGGGCCAGAUGUGGCGACAGCGAGGGCUACAUCCCCCGCAACCUGCUGGGGUUGUAUCUCAGGAUCAAGCCGCGGCAGAGGAGCCUGGCCUGAGGGGGCGUCACCCGACCCGAUGGUCACCAGGAGGAGUUCGAACCCCCGGGAGUCCAGGAGGGUCGCCGAGAGGGAGACAAGAGACAGAGAGACGUUUCACGGCUGUUGGACCUGUUUGGUUUUCCGACCUCAGCACAAAGAAUGUCCCGAGGAGCUCCUUGUCGUUGCCGAGGAGACGAGAGACGAAAGGAUGGUUCAUUGGAGCGUCAGUCAGGUUUCUUUCUUUCUUUUGAGAGCCUCCGACAGAAAGGCCCCGGGGGCCUCGGGGGCCCCAAAAACAGAAAGUGACUCUUGCUUCAUGCUGUAAUUCUUUCUUCUCUUUUAAUGUAUUUUAUUUUAUUUAAAAGAAUUGCUACAGUCGGCAUAAAGACAGAAAACACAAAGUCCCAAAGGUCUGUUUAGUCACUCCUGGAACCAUAACAAAUAUUUAACAAGUCUUUUACUUUGGAAGGGUGUUUUCUUUCUUACAAGAUAGUAACUAAAGUGAUUUGUGAUUUGAGGGAAUAAAAACUUGUUUUAACAAGUUUCAAACCGAAUGAUAAAUUGCAGGUUACUUUAAUUAUUUAUAUGUUUGUAGCCAGAUGUGCUCGACUGUAAACAGGCUGUGAGUUUGAUUCUCAUGACACUCGUUUGUGGACUCGAUGGAUCUAUUUGUUCUUGAAAAGUACGGUUUGGAUCUGUUUCUUUAUUGUUGUUAUAAAGGUUCAAAGAGUUAGUGUCAUUUUUAAAAGAUAACGUUAAGAGAAUCUACAGCAUCAAAUGUCAUGAAGUAAAAAUGUAAGUUAUAACCUUUCAUCUGUCUUUUUUUUGUUGAGGACUUAAAACAAACUCCUCAAAAUGUGUCGGCAGUAUUUUUAUAAAUUUGACAUUUUCCAAUAUAACGCCUGAUCAGCUUAAAUUAACUCCAAAGACGAUUUUAAACAAGAGGAGGCAAGUUGUGUCUUUUUAUUAUUUUCCUUAUUGAUCCACCUGCUUCCUGUCGUUGUGCUAAGCUAGGCUAGGCUAGGCUAAACACUUCCUGGACCUCCCUCUUUUCCACAGAUAACAAACUGAUUUCUUCAUCUUUCACUGACGAAGACUGAGAACAAUACAAUUAUCUUUCUUUAAGAAAAAAAUAAAAGGAAACAAAUCA